CUGCGCGGGCACGCGUGUGCGCGUUACGUGCACGCGUGCAAGAGAACCCGCAUGGACGUCCGCAAGGAAGAAGCGGGCGUGCGAGCGGGGGCCGCGCGUGCAAAGGAGCUGCACGCGUGGGAUGGAGUCGCACGCGUGCGUGCGACGGGGAGCCGCGCCCGUGCGCGGGCAGGCGUGAGAGGGAGCGUUGCACGCGCGGGUGGGCGGGAGGCAGAGGCGAGCACCCGCAUGGCGGAAAGGUCCGGGACACGCGCCGGGGAGCAGCCCCGCCACGCGCGCGUGCAAGGCGUCGUGCGCGUGCGAGCGCGCCCGUAGGCGCGCGGGCACCCUGCCCGCCUGCCACCGGUGCCCCCGGCCGUCACCACCGGCGUGGCCCCAGCCCCGAGCGACGCCGCGGGCGGACCCGGCGGGUGGGGGCCACACCCUGGACCGGGCGGGUGCCUCCUGCCACCCCGUCCCCGUCCCCGUCCCCGUCCCCGCCGAGGCCAGGCAGGUUUCGUGGCCUCGCCGGCCGCCCCCAUGCAGCAGGAGCGUGGCGGGGGGCAAAGCCCGUCACCCCCCCCCGAGACCGAGGUGAAGGCUGUCGUCGUGGGGGACGGGGGCUGCGGGAAGACGUCUUUGCUGGUGGCCUUCGCCAGGGGGGACUUCCCCAAGGUCUACGUCCCCACCGUGUUCGAGAAGUACACAGCCUCCCUCCAGGUUGGCGGCAAGCCCGUGAAGAUCCACCUCUGGGACACGGCAGGACAGGAAGACUAUGACAGGCUUCGCCCGCUGUCCUACUCGGACGCCAACGUUGUCCUCAUCUGCUUUGACGUCACCGACCCCAACAGCUACGAAAACAUCCUAACGAAGUGGUACCCAGAGGUGAACCACUUCUGCAAGGGCGUCCCAGUGCUGCUGGUGGGCUGCAAAACCGACCUGCGGCAGGACCGGGCUGUGCUGCGCAAGCUGCAGGAGAGACGCUUGGAACACAUCACCUACCAGCAGGGAGAGGCCAUGGCCCGGCAGGUCCACGCCGUGUCCUACUUGGAGUGCUCGGCCAGGUACCGGGAGAACGUCGGGGACAUCUUUGCGGAGGCCUGCAGUGCCGCCAUCAGUGCCGCCCGCCGAAACCAGCGCAGGAGGCGACCCAGGAGGGGCUGUGUGCUCUGCUGAGCCCCCCAACCCCUGGCAUAGCCUACCGGGACCUGCUGCUGUGCCCCCCGCCCCGGGCUCAGGACAGCAUCUCGGUUCCCAGCCACCGCCGGACCUCCACUGCCACCGCUGCCACCGCUGCCACGCUCCUGGCCCCCCCCCCAAACCAGCCUUGCCAGUCGCUGUGGGGUGCCAGCAGGAAAGCACCCCCCCGGGCACAAAGAUACUGUCCCACUGGGGAACCCAGCGUCCGAGUGUCCUCUGCACCGAGCCGUGUGGGCA